UUUAUUUUUGGACAUCAAACAUGGAGAAAACCUCGUUUGACCAUUACAAAUCUCUAUCUGUCUCCUCCUUUCCAUUAACUGGCGGCGCCACCAGUUACUCCUUGGCCGCGCCACCUUGGAAAAAACCAUGCUUUCACCAAUACCUCUUUUACAAAAAUACCUUACAUUUCUUUAACUAUGAUUUUUUUUUUGCAAAAAAAUACAUAAGAAAAAUAAAUUAUCAAUUAGAUUCAGACAUAUCGUCGUCUUGUCGUUAAAACCAGACACAAGUGUUUUGUUUUGUUUUGUCUUGUCUUAAAAGGGAUCGUUGCCGUAACUUGGAUUUUGUUAUUGUUUCCGUGUCCGCUGACCAUGGCGGGCGUAGUGAAACAACUGUUAGCGAGGCCAAUACAAGUGGCAGAUAUGGUGACAAAGGCGGCGGAUGAAGCACAAUCGUUCAAACAAGAUUGUCAAGAGAUUAAAGGUAAGACCGAAAAGUUAGCCGGCUUACUCCGGCAAGUUGCACGAGCGAGCAACGAUAUUUACGAACGGCCGACACGUAGAAUCGUCGAUGAAACCGAACAAGUCCUCGACAAGGCCUUAACUCUUGUCCUAAAGUGUGGUGCAACCGGUUUUCUGGGACGACUUUUCACCAUUAUCCCUGCCGCGGCCUUUAGGAAACUAUCGAUGCAACUUGAGAAUUCUAUCGGGGAUGUUUCGUGGCUUUUGGCCGUGUCGGGAGAUAAUCGUGAUGAUGAAUAUCUCGGUCUUCCUCCCAUUGCAGCGAACGAACCGAUUUUAUGUCUUAUAUGGGAACAAAUAGCUAAUCUUUAUACAGGUACGUUAGAAGAACGGGCCGAUGCUUCGGCUUCCUUAGUGUCUUUGGCUCGGGAUAAUGAUCGAUACGGUAAGUUGAUUAUCGAGGAAGGUGGGGUAGUUCCUUUAUUGAAAUUGGCUAAGGAAGGGAAUCUCGAGGGUCAAGAGAAUGCGGCAAGGGCGAUCGGGUUGCUCGGACGUGACGCAGAAAGUGUCGAACAGAUUGUAAAUGCUGGAGUUUGUGCAGUGUUUGCGAAAAUCCUCAAAGAAGGUCAAAUGAAAGUUCAAUCUAUUGUGGCUUGGGCCGUAUCGGAAUUAGCUGCUCAUCACCCUAAAUGCCAAGACCAUUUCUCACAAAACAAUAUAAUUCGGUUUCUCGUAAGCCAUAUUGCUUUCGAGACCGUCGAGGAACAUAGUAAGUAUACGAUUGUGAACAAGCAAGGGGUGUCCUCGAUUCAUUCGGUUCUCGUAGCUAGUAAGGGCCCCGAUUCUCAUAAGAAAGAGGAAACCGAGAGUAAUAUAAAUCGCUCGUUGGGGAACCGAGCCGUACCUACCCAAAUGCAAAAUGUGGUUGCCAAUACUUUGAAAGGGAAGAACCCGACACCACCACAACCGAACAAUCAAGCUAACCAUCCCAAAGGCGGCCAACAAGUCCCGCACGCUAAAUCGAACCACCAUCCGCACCAUGUUUCGAUAUCUGGUACUAGCAUUAAAGGAAGAGAAUUCGAAGACCCGGCCACUAAAGCACAAAUGAAAGCAAUGGCAGCCAGGGCUUUGUGGCAACUUUGCAAGGGAAACCUCUCGAUAUGUCGUAGCAUAACUGAAUCGAGAGCUUUAUUGUGUUUUGCGAUUCUAUUAGAAAAAAGCACGGACGACGUUAAAUACUACUCGGCCAUGGCGUUAGUGGAAAUCACGGCUGUUGCCGAACAAAACGCAGACUUGAGACGCUCAUCUUUCAAACCGACUUCACCAGCAGCCAGGGCCGUCGUUGAUCAAUUACUCAAAAUCAUCGAAAAAACUGACACGGAACUCCUCGUGCCAUGCAUCAAAACAAUCGGGCACCUAGCGAGGACCUUUCGAGCUACCGAAACAAGGAUUGUCACACCGUUAGUGAAACUACUUGACGAAACUGAACCCGAGGUUUCAAUGGAAGCCGUCAUGGCACUUAACAAAUUUGCCACACCAAAAAAUUUCCUCCACGUUAACCAUUCGAAAGCGAUCGUUGAAGCCGGCGGGGUGAAACAUUUGAUUCAAUUGGUUUAUUUUGGAGAACAAAUGGUGCAGUUCCCGUCGUUGACACUUCUUUGUUACAUUGCUUACAAUAUACCCGACAGUGAAGUUCUUGCCCAAGAUGAAGUGCUUAUAGUACUUGAAUGGGCAUCGAAACAAGCUCAUUUAUUGGGAGAUCCCGACAUUGAUGAUUUAUUACCAGAAGCUAAAAGUCGAUUGGAACUGUAUCAAUCGAGAGGUAAAAGAUUCCAUUAA